CAUCAAUUCAGCCGGACACUAGCACAGUCAGACAACACUCCAGCAUACAGCCCCACCUCACGUCUUCACCGCUUCAGAGAGGGUGCGUCCAGAGAGGGCGCGCCGAGGUCACGGUCUUUACGCCCCCCCCCGCCCCCCUCCCCCGGCAGACUGAGUCACAGCCGAGUCCGAGUCCGAGUCAGUGCGGGUCGCAGUGGCCAGGCGGCGGCCGACGAGGCAGCAGUGGACGAGAGUGGUGGUGGACUAAGCAGUCGGUCGAGAAUCUUGUGAGGGCUGUGAGGGAAGGAAGAAGAUUGCAGACGGUGUUGAAGUGAAUGUGUGAGGUGUGGGGUGAAGGUAUACAGUGAAACUGGCGCUCGAAGGUGUGGUGCACCGCAAGGUUACAGGGGUGGUGGUGUGGGUGACUGGUGAGUGGCAACUCACGUGGCUAGUGGACAGGUGAAUUAGUAGACAGUGCCAGCACAGCAGUGAGUCGGAGUGCCACGGGUAGGCCGAGUGCCCGGAGGUGGAAACGGCGCUCGACUGCGAAUAGUGUCUCGCUCGGUGGUAGACCGGGGCUCGGUGCCGAACAGAGUGCAUCGAGGCGAACAGUUGCAGUGCAGUCAAGUGCAGUGAAGGGCAGUGCUGUGCAGUGCAGUGUGGUGGACCCUGCACACUCGAGUCUGUGUCUGGGAGUGCCAGGCACGGAGCAGUCGAGCCUGUGGGGAGUGCCCGGCGCCCGCAGCACUCUACCCCACUGAGGAGUGUCGCCCUGAGCACUCUAGCACCGUGUGAGGAGUGCCGCGCCCCGGUUCACCAGUAGAGGACCACCUCCGUCUCAGGAUGUGGUCUUACCGGCGCUGGGUGCGGUUCAGUGCCGUCCUGGCCCCUCCCCCACUGGUGAUGGAGCUGAUGCUCCUGGUCCUGGUGAUGGUGCCGGGUGGCUCCACGGAGCAGUGGUACCAGCCCAGUUCCAGUGUGUGCCUGUUCAGCCCGGUGGACUCGGCAGUACCCACCUCUGUCCGCUGCCAUCUGAACGGCAACUCGAUCACCAUCAAACGCGUCGACCUGGCGCCAUCGAUCCAGGAGAUAUACGUCACGGAUGCCAACAUCAUCGACGUCAACGACGGCGCCCUAGCACACCUGGAUGACCUGAAAACCGCCGAGUUCUCCCACUCGGAACGGCUCCUGCUGCGCUCCGACAGCCUCGCUGCUUCUGCUAACUCGUCUGCAGGUGGCAGCACCUCCGUGACGGUAGAUGGCGUUAGAGAUGUUACCCUGUUCUCUGAGGCCUUCUCCGGUCGCCGACUAGGCUCGAUCAGUGUGACAGUCAACGGCGCACAGACGUGUUCAGUAGCCGGAGAGGCCUUUCCGGGCGGCUCCAGCGCUAAUCAGGUUCUUCUAAGUAACAUUUCAAACCUCAGCAUGGACCGGAGCUCGUUCGCUGGAGCGAUAGAGGAGUUGCAGCUGAGAAACGUCUCUAGUUCGUACGCAUGUCUGGCCGACACAUUCUCAGGAGAGAUAGGCCAGCUGACGCUGGACUCUGUGACCCUGAAUCGGAUCUCGCCGGGCUGUUUUCGCUCCAGCUACCCGUGGCAGAGUCUGGAGGUGAGGUCCAGUCGCCUGGGCGCAAUCCCGCAGAGGGCCUUCACCGGACAGGUCGAGGAAGUUCGAAUUGAAAACAGCCAGCUGGAGGACGUAGCGCCGGGAGGAUUCGAGCUGAGAGUGAACAACUUCACCGUGGAGAACUGUACCGUCGAUCGACUGGCUGGUCACGCGCUGCGGGUGCUGGCUGAGGACACUAUCACUUUGUCCUCCUGUAAUGUAAGUGUGUUGGAAGACGCUGCCUUAUUGGGUCUCCGCGUCACCAACGACAGUGUCCAGCCAAUCACCAUACAACACCUAAAUGUGACGGAGGCCGCUGAUGGCUCGCUCCGCCUACACAACAGCGCGGGUACCAUCCUCAGCCACAUCCAACUCUCAGAGCAGUGUGUGUGCCCUGUGGCAGCCGAGCGCGCGGCUCGGCUCGCUCUCGGCGCACCUCCUCAAGUAAACGUCACCGGCGAGGCAGACGAGGGUCUCUGGUCGCUGCAGAACGUCACUGACACUCAGAUGGAGGCCGUGCGGCAGACUGCGCUGGCGGCGCACUGCUGGGAGGGGGAGACGAACUCUACCUCGGCGAUGCUGGCGGAGCUCGUGUGUCGAGGUUGUGUGGUCGGUGAUGGGGCGGAGGACACCCCGCUCCUGCACUGUCCGGCGCCACUGCCGGCCGGCGGACGUCGCUGGAUGCUCUGGCCGUUUGUUUUUAUCGCCGUGCUGCUGGUGUUGGUGGCUGGAUGUGGUCCCCUGCUGAUGGUCAAACGAUGUCGCCCUCCCGGCUCGGCCCCUUCACAGGAGAAGGGUGCGGUGAUCAGUCACCCGGGGGGACUCGAGGCCGGUGACGCAGCAGGGGACUCUCCUCUGAAGGAGGUUCCCAGAGAACGUCACCUCUCCUGGAGAGUGGUCGGGGAGCUGGAGCCAGAGGAGGGCGUCGAACCGACCCUCCCGGUGGCCCUGCCCCCACCUCAGCCUCGUCAUGUCUCCUGGAGAGUGAUCGGGGAGCUCGAACCGGAGUAUCCCCAGUACAGUAACGUAACCCCGGCCCACCCGAGGCACACAGUAGCCAGUACGGACAGUGUGCGCCCUCCGGGUUUGGGAACAGGACCCAGCUGGGAGUUGGACAGCACAGACCGGCUCCUCACCACCUCAGACUACGGAGAUGUGUUCCAGUCGCUGCGCUCCAUACCAGAGCCGGUGGAGGAUCCUCAGACCGAGCUCUGCAUCAACGUGACGAGUUCUCCGGACAGGGCAGUGUCUGGAGCAGAGGAGGAGCAGGAUGUCUUUGCAGAGACGUCACCGACCGGCCGGCUGACUGAGACGGGUCGACGGACAUUGCCGAUUGUGAGAGAUUCUGCUCAGGAGCCGAGUCCUGCCGGUGGAAAGUCGAGUGCUGCAGAGAGCUUUCAUCAUCUCAGUGUAGAAACAAGAGGAAACUGUCCUAUCAAUGGAGAGAUGGGUACAGCGACAAACUGGCCCACUGCCAAUGGGAAGACGAGCGAUAUGAUCAGCCACAACCCUGUCACGGAAGCAGCCCACCUGAAGCCCAAUGGUAGCUCAGAAAACGACACAACCUGUCCGCAGACUGGCAUCAAUUCGGAGAGCUCAAAGGUAAACCAUGCGACAAUCGAAGACCGGCGCUUCGCAGACGAACGAGCGGCCUCCCUGGGGAGCCCUCGACAGGACCUGGCUGAAGAGGAGCCCCUGUAUGACGACGUUGAAAUUGCGGCACAACCGACCGGUGCCUCAGCGAAACGGAGGUGCAGCGGAGAGCUCAUUGAUAACGUGCUAUAUGGCCGAGUUUUCUAAACUGUCCGAAUGUGUACCGGUACUUUGCGUGUGAUGAGAAAAGGAGUCGAAACGGCGUGUACAGUGCCUCUAAUGUGCAGAUAUGUAUUGGAUAUUUCAGUUUGCGGACUAAAGAACGCUUUAAUGGAUACAAUGACAGUCCUUAGAUUCUUAUUUUCAGCUUCAUAUAGUUUCCAAAGCAAUGUGUUAAUUAAAGGCUUUCGACUUACAACAAACCACCGCGAACAACUAUUUUCCUACGAAACAUCCUACUUACUUGUGUAAUGUGUAGAUAUCAUGUCAUUAGAUAACAUGCUUGUGAACUGUUUGUUCAUAUCAUCGAUGAUUCAGUAGCUCUAUCAUCUUAGCUACUCAUUGAAUCUUUUCACUGUUUUACUAAUUGACACGAGCUGGCGACUUGGCGUGCGUUAAAAUGAAGUGAUAUCGUCAUGGGGCUGAAUGUAUGAACCUCAUGAUGUUCGUAACUCACACUUGUCACGCAGGAAUGACUGAUGGUGCGGUUGUAUUUCGUACAUUCUCUGGGAAACGGAUGAGUUUUGAGUUUUGACAGCCAUCGUCGUUUGUUGUAUCUCUAAGGCAUGCAUGCGUUUCAUUAUGCUGGUGGCAUACGUACUAGACAAAAAUAAUAUAUGCCGCCAUACCAGACCCAUGUUAGAAAUAUGUAUACAAGUUUUUUUUCAAUACUACCUAAUGCCUAUGCCGUCUUACCUUCCUUUCAGUAAUUCAAUGUAAUUUGAAAUGAUGCUGGUCAGUUACUCAAUAAAAAUGUGAGUCAUUAAAUAAUGCCAGUCGCUGGCUUCUCUUCCAUGCAAAAGUAAUACGACUGCGAUGGAUGAGGAUGUCCUGCAAAGCUACGCUACGUCACGACUCAUGCUUUGCCUUUGUUGAGUUGCAAUAAGAAACAGUGUGCUACUCUUGACAAGAAAAUAUCAACAGAAUAGACGUGAAACAUUGGCACCAGCUCAAAAUUGUCAUCUCAGAUUAACUGUAGAUCAU